UUUGGAAUGAACAAGGAAGAUGGUCGUGGCUGUGACACUUGCACUUUUAUUUCUACCAAUUGCUUUCCUGGUUGUUGCUCAAGUACCUUCACCUUCUGAAGACCCUGAACUGUUGUCAUUAGCGAGUGGGGCGGUGGACGCUGUGUUGUCAAGAGUGUCUCGGCAAAACUGUUCCGUCCUGCUACUCACUGACGGCACCACGUCGUCCACCACUGUCCUCAGAGAUUUGGGUCAGCUGGUGGCCCCCUGGGGUGUGGGGGUGUUCGAGGUAGCAGUGGACGGCCAGGACGCUAACGUGACGCAGGCGCAGCUCUCCUGGGUGGUCGACAAGGCUCGGCGGCUGCGGCAGGUGUCAUGGUGCGUGACGAUGGUGGUGGUGAGCGACGACCCAGCCUUCCUCGCCGCCUUCGCCGAGUGGUCCCUCAAGGGCCGCCUCCUGGUGUGGUCGACGAGGCUCCUCGCCGUCACCCGCCUGUCCCUCCCGGAGCUCCACCACCUACACAAGUUACUCUCCAUGACCAACUCCAUGUUGUUGAUAGUGGAAAACAACUCACGACCAAUAAGAUGUAGUAUAAUUAUCAAAUUACCAUUUCUGCAACACGAUACACAACUGAUGCAAGUUGCUUCGUGGACUCAGCAACAAGACUUAAAAUUCGGUGGACAUCUUCCACUUUUUCCUGAAAAAUUCUCCAAAUUCCCCCAUCGACCGACAUUUAUCAUACCGAUUGUAGAAGGAGUACUCACAAAAACUGUGUGGCAGGGCAAUGAGAGUUAUCCAGAGGGGAGGAGACUUGCAGUUCUUGGUCCCAUGAAGCAUAUAAUAGAAUAUGUCUCGCAAGGACUAAAUUUCUCGAUGCACACUUCUCCAUAG